AUGGCCAAUGUUAUAGUGUUGUUUUUUUCAGUCCAAUCAUUUGAAAUGUUUGUGUGGACAGACAAAAUGGUCGACAAAUUGAGAAAUGAUUUGAAUCCACAACAAGUUGAGACGACUAAAUUCUUGAUAGUUGGUACACGAAAAGACCUUGAAGAUACACGAGUUGUUCCAAGAACACUAGCCGAAGAACUUGCCAAAAAGAAAAAUUGUAAAUAUGUUGAAACUGGAAAACAAGUCGACUCAUUAACUAAUGUACUUGCUGAAUAUAUAUUGGAGUAUAAUGCGGAAAAUGAGAUGCAGAAAAAUAUCAAAAUAGCUCAAACGAACAACAUAAUUAUAAAAGAUAAAAAGAGUUGCUUAACUAUGUGA